CUUUCGUCCCUGCCCUUGACCGGUGGUUUCCGGUGGAUGAUUAACGGUGGACAAUGAACGAGUCCGCAUCCGAAUCCCAGCCCCUACUGGACUCGGCGAGACCCAGGGUAGCGAUUGUCGGUGCAGGUUUGGCCGGCAUAUCCAUGGCUAUCUCAUUGCGAAAGAAACUGCGAUACGACAACUUCUCGGUUUGCAAUAGCCAUACAUAAUGCACUAUUCCGCUCUGUACGCUCAUCGUCUGGCCAGAUCUACGAACGCGCGCCAAACGUGGGAGGCACAUGGAACUUAACGACAUACCCCGGAUGCGGAUCCGAUGUUCCCGGUCACUGGUACAGCCUAUCCACGGAGCUUAAUCCAUAUUGGUCAAGCUACUAUGUCGCACAGGAUGAAUUACGUUCCUACUGGCAAGGCCUCUUCCGCAAAUACAACCUCGAACAACACACCUCCUUCAAUACGGAUGUAUCACAUGCUGCGUGGUCGGAGUCCGCCCAAGUAUGGACUUUGACUUUGCAGGACGUUCAUACGAAGGAGCAAAGGCAAGAGCAGGCGGAGAUCCUCAUUUGGGCUACAGGCAUCCUGUCGACGCCAGCCAUUCCCGACAUAACGGGCCUAAGCACGUUUCGAGGAGAAGUAUGGCAUUCGGCAGAAUGGAGACACGAUGUCCCCCUGAAAGGGAAGCGGGUGGCGGUUAUCGGAAAUGGCUGUUCUGCGGCACAAUUUGUACCGAAAAUUAGCGAAGAUCUCACCACUGAGGUGUUCAAUAUUGCAAGGACACGACAGUGGUAUGUGCCUAGGCUACAAUAUCGGUAUCCUCAGUGGGCGAAAUGGAUAUUUGCCUAUGUGCCAUUCGCAGCGAGGAUAUAUAGGAACUGGAUCAUGACCAGAAUGGACUUCUGGGGCCACCUCCUUUUCAAUGCAGAUAACUCUAGAUUCAUCAAGGCAACUAUAGCGCGGUUGACUCAAUACAUCAAAGGCACUGCUCCCCCUGCAUUGGCCGAUGAGUUAAUCCCGGAUUUUUCUCCGGGCUGUCGGCGCCUCAUCCUCGAUCCAGGAUAUUUGGAUUCGCUGAAGCGACCCAACGUGACCCUCGUCCAGGAUGAUGUCGACUGUAUCGAGCCAGCGGCGAUCAAACUCAAAUCUGGAAGCUCGCUGCCUGUUGACCAUAUCAUAUUGGCCACGGGGUAUGAUAUGUCCUUCUUAGGAACCCAAGUUCAUGGAAGAGGCAGCGUGAAUCUUAAAGAAUGGUUCAGCAGUAGAGGCGGGCCGAUAGCAUACUUGGGCAUCGCGGCGCCUGGCUACCCCAACUUCUUCCUCUUCGAUGGCCCCAACACCGUGACAGGACAUGCGAGCGUCGUAUUCACUGCUGAAGUGCAGAUCGCCUAUAUCGCGCAACUACUCCGGCCCAUGUUGGGCGGUAGAAUCAAGGAAAUCGAAGUCAAGGAUAAACCGUUUGAAGAAUACAACGCGUGGCUUGAGAAACGCAUGAAUCAUUCUGCGUGGACGGGGUGCACCUCCUGGUACCGGGCUGGAAAGACUGGUAGGAACUCGUCUACUUUCCCGGGCGCCGUGACCAAGUAUUGGUGGUUAUGUCGAUCGGUCAAGUGGGAUCAUUACGCAAUUGGCCGCUGACGUUGGGCGCAUUUGAACGGCGAAACAACUCGCGAUAACAUUAUCUGUGUAGUAAGGAGAAAAAUACGACAAGAUCAGCAUGUUGAAGGACGGUAGUUGAACGUUUGAACCUUGCUUGCCUGCAUAAGGUCGCAGUCGCGGUGUGGCGGAGGGUGAAUUGAUGGGAGUGUGACAUGUGCAGCCGGUGGCGGCAUUUGCCGGGUCGCUUCUGUUGUGUCUAUCCUCCCGCUGGGCGGCCUUGGGACUCGCCCACCACCACCCUCCUCCUCCAGGACGUCGCACCCGACAGGCAUCUAUGGCCGCGACCCAUGGCUCUACCUCCUCCACGUCCAUCGUCGGUAACCAUUACCGCGUAGGUCGCAAGAUAGGCGAGGGCAGUUUCGGUGUCAUCUUCGAGGGCACGAAUCUCUUGAACUCGCAGACCGUGGCUAUCAAGUUUGAACCACGGAAAGCCGAGGCGCCCCAACUUCGGGACGAAUGUCGUUCGUAUCGCAUACUCGCGGGAUGUCCCGGCAUACCCCAGAUUUACCACUUUGGUCAAGAGGGUCUGCACAACAUUCUCGUGAUAGAUUUGCUCGGGCCAAGCUUGGAGGAUCUCUUCGACAUGUGUGGACGCAAGUUCUCUGUAAAGACAGUGUGUAUGGCUGCUCGUCAGAUGAUCACGCGUGUACGAACCAUCCACGAGAAGAACCUCAUCUACCGCGACAUCAAACCCGACAACUUCCUCAUUGGGCGUCCGGGUACGAAGGGAGCGAACAUCAUCCACGUGGUGGACUUCGGUAUGGCAAAACAGUACCGUGAUCCCAAGACCAAGCAACAUAUCCCUUAUCGCGAGCGGAAAAGUCUCAGCGGGACUGCUCGGUACAUGAGCAUCAACACUCAUCUUGGCCGAGAACAAUCCCGCCGUGAUGACUUGGAGUCGCUCGGCCACGUCUUCAUGUACUUCCUUCGGGGGAGCUUACCAUGGCAGGGUCUCAAGGCCGCUACCAACAAGCAAAAGUACGAAAAGAUUGGCGAGAAGAAGCAAACAACACCCAUCAAGGAACUAUGCGAAGGAUACCCAGAGGAGUUUGGCAUUUAUCUCAACUAUGUUCGCAAGCUUGGCUUCGAGGAGACUCCUGACUACGACUUCUUGCGCGAGUUGUUCGCGAAAGUGCUCAAGAGUAACGGCGACGUUGAAGAUGGUGUCUAUGAUUGGAAUUUGCUCAACGGUGGCAAAGGCUGGGAAGCUUCCAUGGGGGGUCAAUCCUCGCAGGUUUCUGCGCAAUUGCAGAACGCAGGCCUCAGCCCGGCAGCAGCAGACCGAAGGCGCGACUCAGACCGUCGCCGGGUGUCCCAGGCAGGCAAUGUGGUACCUCCCUCUCCUGCUCUCGUUCGUCAUGGUUCCUCAAAGCAACGGAAGAUACCCGCAGCGCUCACCCCAGGCGGCGGCGGCAACGCCUCUGGCCAGCUCACGCCCAUAUCAGCCGCGGCGCACGUCAACGUCCCUCCUCCCGGCUCGACCCAGCGCCGAACGAGCACCGCCAUUGACACGCAGCACCCGUACGCCAACGCGCAAGGCGGCAACUACGAGUAUGGCGCCGGCGAAGGCACCGACGAGUACAGCACGGCCCAGCAACAGCAGGCGCAUCAACAGCCGUACGGUCGAACUUCUCCCAUGGUUGCCGCAGCGCCUCCUGCCGUGAGCAAUGUCCGUGCAGUAGGAGGAGACAUCGGCGUCGCGAACGGAGGCGGGUAUCAGGACGAGCAGCCCCAGGGCAACGCUUUCUUACGAUGCCUCACAUGUCGGUGUGGCUAGACACCAUCCUUUCCUUUACCAUUACCUGGAUCUCGGUCGUUCCUUGCUUUUACUUACACCUUCUAUUUACGUCUAGUCGCUAAGCUAAUUCGCUAUAUGCUUCUCCUUCUCUCACCGGGUACCCAGUCGUUCACGAACUGCUUGACGUUAUACCUGAAAAUCUCCUGCUUAAUGUUUACGGAGGUUUUCGACGGGACGUGCAUACAUAUACCAUGAAACUUUGGAUUCAUACAAUAUAACAAUACAAGGUUUUGCCAUUGGUGAGGAAUGGCCCACCGAGGUUAUCCGUCAAAUUCAUGAAGUUCACAAGAUACGAGACAGCCAAGCUGUUAUUAUGCCAAGGGCUGUCAGAGUGCAAAGCGCGCAUAUAGAAAGUCGUUAGAAUGGUCCCAUGGCCUUGGGGCCCAUUAGGUGCUGAGCGCAAUGGUUCAUGCAUUUUCAAAGUGUGACGCUUGAAUGCUGGCUAGAUAUCUAUCACUUGGGCGCCAGUCCCGCGCCGGUGACGUGUCGCUCAUCAGCGCAGGUUCUGAGCAUGAUCCCUGCGCAUCUGUCGUUGGCUCCGCGAACUUCACUCGGCGGUCAACUUUUUGUCCACGUUCACCGGUCCCAUGCAGGUGGGAAGUGCCAGCCUCGGAGAUCCCCAGAGUAGACGAGUAGGCAGCUGGCAUAGGCGAUGCAAUCGAGCUAUCCGCAGCUGUCGAGGAAGCGCCACGGAGAUCAAUGAGCUGUCGAGGCGUGGAUGCAGUUGCACGUUCUGAACCAAAGAGCCGAUUCCCUACUUCCAAGGUUCUACAAACAUCAUUCACCUUGCUCGUUAAUACUGCUAGUGAUCCGUCGUGGGUUCCCCUGCACCGCGCAAGGUCUUCUGAAAGGGCUUGUAUCAGGCUCGAGUUUCGUCGCGAUUCAGCUUGCGUAGCCUCCAGAACCUUGUGCAUGGCUUCCUUGUCUCGCUCUAAUUGCUCGACUCGGGAAUUGAUGUGACGUAUUUGGCUUUGCAAGACGGCGACGGUGGCACUAUCUGUAAUUAUCAUCGGAUUGAUAGUACGUUGGCGUUCAGAAACGCCACGUCGACGGGCAGCGGGGGUUCCGAACUGAGGCUGUCGAGUUCUGGGCGGCCCAACGCGAGUCUGUUUUGCAGGGCCGAAUCCGCGUCGGGGUUGUAACCGGGCAUAGUCCUCGUCAGAAAGGUCUACCGAUUUUUGCGCUUGAGGCAUCCGAGGUCUGUCGGUUGUCUUAGUUUGUACCCCUCGACCGUCUGAGUGAAGGAAGAGCUUCCGUCUUCCACGCGACGAAGACCCUUCCGCAUCCGAAGACGGGGAGCGGUGAUGAGAAUCAGAGAUCUACGAGGACUUCACGGGUGCACGGGUAUACGACAGAUGGUUUGAGGAAUUCGUAUCCCCGAUUGAAUGCAGAGCCCUCGCUUUCUUUCGCGGAGGGCCAUCAUCGCCGGAUAGAAUGCCAUCUCGCUUAUCUCGAUUCAUGGGCUUGUGAUGGUAUAUGGGAAAAUUCGCCAAGGGUGGCAGCAAAACACACUUCAUGACCUUACGCCGGCACAUGGACCGCGGCCGAUCGUGGCUCAGAGGGGUUGCCGAUGUCAUGCGAUGUGGGAUAUCUUCGACCACCCCGACUGUGUCGUCGGAAGAGCUGAGUUCCUCUUUAGGUGGUGUCAAAAACAAUGGACGUUUUACUGUCUUUCUAGGCUGAACCUGAGGAGUCAUCGCUUCAUCUUUGGAUUUCUUACUUCCGCGAGCGGAGUUAUCCUGGAGAACAUCGUUGACAGUCUUGGCUUUUGGUUUUGGUCGGAUGACCCGAAUCGGGGCGAAGAUAAGAUCGUACCAGCCACGAUCAACCCAGUCGUUAUUGAGAGGCCUACAGUAGCUGAACCUCUGUGCAGCAAGCACAAGUCGAUCCUCCAAAUUUGGCGUCGCGACACCUUGCCUCUCGGCCUCUAGAAGUAUUGCGAGCCGACUCUGGAACUCUUGCUUGGACGCUUGAUGAUAAUUGUGCCACAAAGCGUGGCUGGGAUCGACCUCGUGCGUACGCAUCGCCAUGAAUGAGUGUAUUCCCAGCUCCAGGAUAUGCGCGAAGCACUUCGAGUUGUGGCAUGUUCUGCAAUUAAGGAGCCAGGUUUGUGGAACGGAAUGGGAUAGAUAGUCGGACUCCGACCCAAAACUGCAAUAUCGUUGUCCCAUAGCCUGCCGACGGGAGUUAGCAGUCUGCUGUCUUCUGUGCAGUUCACAGGCAACAUCAAAUAAACAAUGCCGAUCGCCGAAAGGUAGUUGAGAAUCCAGCGGAAUCUCUUCGAUCAGGGCUGCCGAGUCUGUUUUCCUGAACGUUCUUACGGCAUUGUUCCGGUCUUGAACCAAAUCGGCAAAACGGCGACAUUGAUACGGCUUCAUGGAGCCACACUUGCAGGUGCGGCCUUCUACGUAGCAUCCUCCGCAAAGCACCAGCUCAUCGAUUUGC